AUGGACAACGCCUCGUUCUCGGAGCCCUGGCCCGUCAACGCAUCGUGCCCGGGCCCGGCGCUGGGCUGCUCCAACGCGUCGAGUCUGGCCCAGCUGCCUGCGCCGCUGGCAGUGGCCGUGCCAGUCGUCUACGCGGUGAUCUGCGCCGUGGGGCUGGCAGGCAACUCGGCGGUGCUGUACGUGCUGCUGCGGGCGCCCCGCAUGAAGACCGUCACCAACCUGUUCAUCCUCAACCUGGCCAUCGCCGACGAGCUCUUCGCGCUGGUGCUGCCCAUCAACAUCGCCGACUUCCUGCUGCGGCAGUGGCCCUUCGGGGAGCUCAUGUGCAAGCUCGUCGUGGCCAUCGACCAGUACAACACCUUCUCCAGCCUCUACUUCCUCACCGUUAUGAGCGCCGACCGCUACCUGGUGGUGAUGGCCACUGCCGAGUCACGCCGCGUGGCCGGCCGCACCUACGGCGCCGCGCGCGCGGUGAGCCUGGCCGUGUGGGGGCUCGUCACUCUCGUCGUGCUGCCCUUCGCCGUCUUCGCCCGGCUCGACGACGAGCAGGGCCGGCGCCAGUGCGUGCUGGUCUUCCCGCAGCCCGAGGCCUUCUGGUGGCGCGCGAGCCGCCUCUAUACGUUUGUGCUGGGCUUCGCCAUCCCGGUGUCCGCCAUCUGCGUCCUCUACACCACCCUGUUGUGCCGGCUGCACGCCAUGCGGCUGGACAGCCACGCCAAGGCCCUGGAGCGCGCCAAGAAGCGGGUGACCUUCCUGGUGGUGGCGAUCCUGGCCGCGUGUCUCCUCUGCUGGACGCCCUACCACCUGAGCACGGUGGUGGCGCUCACCACCGACCUCCCGCAGACGCCGCUCGUCAUCGCCAUCUCCUACUUCAUCACCAGCCUGAGCUACGCCAACAGCUGCCUCAACCCCUUCCUCUACGCCUUCCUGGACGGCAGCUUUCGCAGGAACCUCCGCCAGCUGAUAAAGUGCCGUGCGGCCGCCUGA